AUGAAUGCAUACAACACAGAAGGGAGAUAUUUAUUAAUAAUUUAUGAAAAAGUAUUCAAAAUAAUAUAUAUAAAGCAUUUAAAAGAUAACAAAAAUGAGAACGUUAAGGUACCUUCACUGUUUGUUUUUCGGGAGAGUGGAAAAUGUUCAGAGAAGUUGAUAAAUAAAGAUAAAAUUCGAAAGAAAAGUAAAAAGUUUGGUAGUACAAUAAAUGAACUAAUUAUUGAUAACAUUAUUGGUACGAUUGAAAUUAAAAAUGAACUGUUCUUAUUUGUUGUAGAGAAAUGGAGAUUAUUAUGUAAAUUCUUUUAUUUAAAUAAGUAUAGAAGUAUAUAUAAAAUUGAGAAAGUACAUUACAUACCAUAUAAUAUUAAUAUCACCUCGAUGAACACUACAGUAAACAAUUCAUUAAACAUUGAUGACAAUUCAACAAAUUUUUUUAUUAAUAAUUUAAAAAAUAAUGAAGAUAUAAAUAAAAAUUUUGAAAUUAUUAAUAACAAUAAUAUGAAGUUUAUAUAUAAGAGUGAUGAUGUUUUGCAAAUACAGGAGGGGGAUGGGAAUGAUGAUGAUGACGAUGAAAUUAGGGUUAGCAAAAUUGAAAAUAAUACACAUAACAAUAAUUCCAAGAAGAUGUGUUGUGAUAUGUAUAGCUCGUACAAUGAAUUGGAUAAACCCUACAAAAUAGAUGAGGACGAUUUUUACAAUAAACAUUUUUCUACCAAAUUUAGCAAAAGAGAAAAUGAUAAUAGUACUAAUAGAAAAAAUAAAGGUUUAAACCAUUUCAACAUAAGUGGUGAUGUAAUAGAGCUUAGCACGUAUAAUAGGAAUAGUAAUAAUUAUAGUAAUAAGUACAAUAAUAAGUACAAUAAUAAGUACAAUAAUAAGUACAGUAAUAAUUACACUAAUCAAAAAGAGGAAAAGAAUAAUAAGAAAAUUCUAAAUUUUAAUACAGCCAAAAAAUGGCUAACAAAUCAAUUUACCCAUAAAAAUAUAUUAAACAUAAUUUCAGACAUAACGAAUUAUGAUAACAAAUAUGAUAAUGAGAAUGGAAGAACUACUACUAAAAUACACAAUGAUAAUAAUUUCCAUAUUAAUAAUAGCAAAACAACUUAUAAUAGUAAGCAAAGGAAAGAUCAAGAACAAAAUACGAACUCGUCAACUUUGGACGAUAAUGAACUAAUAGCUAAUAUUCUUAAUGAUAAGGAUGAUUGUGAAAUGAGUUAUAAUAACAAUACCAGUGGGUGUAAUAAAACUGGUUAUAAUGAAGGAAGCAAUAAAAAUAGAAGCAACUACAAGGGAAGUAGUAUCGACACGAAUAGCAUUGGAAGUGCCUUCGACAGCAUCCCUAGGGGCUGCAGUGGCCAGACGAAAGUCAGCAAUAAUAUUGGCAAUGAUAAAAGUAGGAAUAAUAAUGAAAAUAACAAUGGAAAUAACAGUGGCAGUAACAAUGGGAUUAGUAAUAGAAAUAAUAAUUAUGAUGGUAGCACAAAAAUAAAUGGCGGGAGGAACGAGCAGCAGAUGGUAGAGAGUGCAAUGUAUGGGAAGUGCAUGAACAAGUUAGGAGAAAGUAAACAACCCGAGCAGUCAGCAAAAAUAAAUGUUAAUUUAAUUGAUAAAUUAUUUUUUAAUAAGGAGAACAGGAUUGAAGUUAUACCAAAUGACAAACAUGAACAAGAGAAGAAGGAGGAGGAACUGAAUAACAUAUGUUAUGAUAAUAAAAUGGAGCAGUACCAAAAGGGGAAGGGCACAAAUAACAAGUACAUUCAAGGGGAUAACAGUAAUUUAAAUAAAGGUACCACUGAUCAACUUAAAAAUUGUUACAAUGAAAAAGGAGAUGCUUAUGUGAAUGUAAGUAAUGAUAAUAGUUACUACAAGAAUAUACUGUUAAAUUAUAAUGAAGAAAUGAAAAUGGUAAUUACACCGAACAGAGAUAAUUGUAAUAGUAAAAUUUCUCAUGAAAAUUUGCCGGUGAGUAUUAAUGGGGGUGCUGCAAAGGGAUGUACUGUCAGUGCAUGGAAUAGCCAUUCCAAUAGAAAUGGUAAUAGUAACGGUAACUGCGAUGUGAUUGGAGCUGCGAAUGGUAAUGGGUGUGAAGAUGCCAACUGCAACAGCAGCAGUAAUAACAUAAAGGAUCUUAUUACCAAUUCUUACUUCAAUGUAAAAAGCAAUGUGAAGAUUUAUGAUAAAACAGAACAAAACGAAAAGAGAAAUUCAUAUCCCGUUUCUUUUAAAAGUGGAAAUGAUGAUAAUGUUAAAGCUGAUGGAAAAAAAAUGAACUUGAAAAUGGACAUACAUAAAAUAUUAAAAAUGAUUCAGAAAAUAUUAUCAGUUCAUAUGUAUUACUCGUAUGACUAUGAUUUAACACAGGGGAUUCAAAAAAAGUGUAGAAAGAAUAUUGAUGAAGUAGAAGGAGAGCCACUAUAUUCAUCAUCAUCUUCCACUACGUUAAAUAAAAAGAAAUCAUUUUUAAAAGUUAGUGAAAGAAAUUUUAUGUGGAAUUAUCAGAUGAUAAAAAAAAUUAAGAAUAAGUGUAAAAUUGAUGAUAACUGGUUUUGUUCAAUAAUACAAGGAUAUAUAGCUUAUACAUCUAUAGAAAUAAAUAAAAAAUGUUUAGAAUUACUUCUAAUAAGUCGACGUUCCUCUGUAUUGGGUGGGACUAGGUUUAAUAAAAGGGGUAUAAAUGAUGAUGGUUACGUAGCUAACUAUGUAGAGACUGAGCAAAUUAUAAGAAUUAAUAAUAGAAAUAUGACGUUAAUGAAUAGAUUUGAUAAUGCAAAUAUGACUGUUUCGAAUGUGAAGGAAGAAAUAGACAAAUUCAACACAAGAAAUAAUAAUGUACCUAAUUCAAAUUAUGAAAAGAAUCAGGUGUUCUACUGUGAUGCAACUCCUCUGCCGAGUAUUCAAAUUGAUAAGGGAGAAAUUAAAUUGGAAAAUUCAAGCGAUCAAACAAAUUUAUGUUACGAGAUGGAUGUAUAUAACAUAAAAAGUAGUGGCACAGGUAGCGACAAUGGUAGAGGUAGUGCUAUAAAUAGCGACAGAAAUUUCGAGAACAGGAUUAUUUCCCUAGUUCAGAUAAGGGGGUCCAUCCCCCUUUUUUGGAAGCAACAUUCGAUGUCUUCUCAUGUUAAUAUAGAGAGGUCUUCCUUGUUAAGUAUUAAAGCGUUCAAAGAACAUAACAAGAAAUUAAUUAGUAACUAUGGUAAUAAUAUAUAUUAUAUAAAUUUGCUUAGUCAAAAUAAAGGGAAUGAGAAAAAGUUGACUAAAAAAAUGAUUGAAAUGAUAAAUUAUAUAAAAAAGGAUAAGCAUUAUAAGGAGAAGGAUUUUAUUAAUUAUAUAGAAUAUGAUUUUCACAUUUCUGUGAAAAAUAAAAGUUUUGAAGAUGCUAUGAAUGAUUUUAUUAAUAAAGUAUUACUUAAUGAGAUUAAAAAUGUUUCCUUUUUUAUGGAAUCGUGUAAGAAUACGAAUAAUAAUAAGAAGAAUAAUAGUAAUUAUAAUAAUGUUAGCAGUACAGGAAAUGGAUAUUCAGACGAUUCUUGUGUUUAUCAGAAUGGCGUUUUUAGGACUAAUUGCCUUGAUUGUUUAGAUAGAACGAAUGUAUUUCAGUAUUAUUACACAUUAUUUUUUAUUUUCUACGUUUUGCACGUGUCAAAAAAUGAUAUGUUUCUUAAGGCAGUGAAGAAAUCGCAAUUAUGUUUUUAUAAAAAUGUAAAUAGUAUGUUCAGUAAUAGGAGUGUUACUAUUGUGAGUACUUUACAAAUGGAAAAUUAUUUACUCGAGUUGUCGGACAGAUAUCCGGUAAAUAAAAAUUGCGAGUACGCUAAGAUUAGUAGUACUACGAAUGUUGGAAAUAUUGGCAAUGACAGAAAUAUUAGUAGGAUUAAUAACAAUGUUAGUAAUAUAAGAAAUAAUAGUGGUAAUAAUUACAUAAGUAGUAAUAAUAAUGCUAGCAGGAACAAUACUAGAAGUAACAACAACUGUAAUAACAUGUCAGGCGGAGGGUCCAAUGUACUCGAGGAUUUUUAUUAUGUUAAUAGUAAGACGAAGACGAACGAGAGGAAGAAAGAAGACCAUAGUGAUAUUCCUAAUAUAUUAGAAGAACAAGAUAGGAAACAUAGAAUAAGAUAUAAUUAUGAAAAAGAAGAUGAAGAAAAAAAAAAAUUUAGAAAUGAACAACUGGAUGAAUAUAUCUAUAUAUUAAAACAUCUAUUUAAAAAAAUGUGGGUGGAAAAUGGGGAUAUUAUUAGUACACAUUAUACUGGGACUGGUAGUGUUUUUUCUUCACAAAUUAAUGUAGGAAGGUCAUCGUUAAGUACAAAUAUUGAUCAUGCAAUUAAAUCCAUUGAAAGAUUUUAUCAAAAUAAUUUUGAGGAUAAUUUUAGACAAGAGUGCAUUGAUAUAAUUUUGUGCACCGGGAAAUAUAGUAAAAAUAAGAGAAGGCAUUUUAUCGGAGCGGAUUUGAAUUAUUUUUUAAAUUAUAGUAAUUUUAUUACAAAGGAUUCUUUUCUUAAUUUGAGAAAUAAAAAUGUUGAUUCGCCUAUGAAUUAUGUGCAAUCUAGUGGCAAUAUGGAUAUAGGUAAACAGCAGAGAAAAGAUGGUAAAGAAUAUUCGAAUUAUAAACAAGAAGAAACUUUAGGAAAAAACAUCAAAAUGGAAAAAUUAUUAAAAAAUGGGAAUCGAUUACUUGAAUAUAGUACCAAUAGCAAUGAUUCGAAUAGUAACGAUUUUGCUGAUAGCAGCAGUGGCAUGAACGAACACACACAAAGGGAGGGAUCCAACAGAAACAUAGAGAAGAAUAGGGGAGAAAAAAAAAGAACCAAAGAGAAACAUUUGAGUAAGGUUAAAAAAACAGACAAGGAUAAAAUUCCAAGCGAGGAAGAUGAAGCUGAUGAAUAUGACAAGGAGGAAGAAGAAGAAUAUGACGAAAAUGAGGAGCAGGAGGAGGAAGAGGAAGAAGGGGAAAAGGAUAAAGGUAAUGAUAGAGGUAAACAUAAAGAUAAACAUAAUAGCAGAGAUAUGCAUAAAGAUAAAGAGAAACUGAAGGAGGGGGAGAAAACUGCGUACAGUGAUAAUGAAAUAAAAUGUGUUAAGAAACAAAUGAACAGAGAUAAGACAGUCUGUAGCAAUAAAAACGUGAGUGAUCAUAUUAUUGGACGAACAAGUAAUAAUGACAAUAUCGUAAAUAAUACCGUCGAAAGUAGUAGCAGUAGCUUAGAUAAUGUACAGAAAAAAAAAAAAAAAAAAAAAAAAAAAAAAAAUAUUAAUAAAAAAGGGAAAGAUAAAAAAAACAAAGGUGAUUUGGUAUAUAUGAAAAGUUUAUAUAAAAAGAAAAGCUACAUUUACAGUAUAAGAAAUAGAAAUAAAUAUACUGAUUACCUAAGUCAUGAUUUAAUUAAUCAUUAUUACAUGGAUUAUGAAGAUUCUAAAGUAAUACAGAAUUACAAAAAAAAGAGAAUGACGAAUACAGAUUAUGAAGAGAAAAUUGUGAAAUUAUGGGUAGGUACAUGGAAUUUAUGCGGUAGUGAUUUAUAUGAACUGAAUGAUAUAUCCUCGUGGUUAAAUGAAAUUAAUGAAUACAUUGAUAUGUAUGUAUUUUGUUUUCAAGAAGUUGUUGAAUUGACCGGAUUUAGGAUUUUAAUGAACAUGAAAGAUAAAUUUAAAGAAAAAAAAAUAGAGCAAAAAAUUAUUCAAUCCUUGGCAGAAAUCUCGCAGAAGCAGAAAGAAAUGUACAUUAAAAGUAAGGGACGUAGUAACAUAUUUUUUAGAAAAAAUAACGAAGAUAAUGGUGCACAUAAUUAUGUCGAUAACAAUGCCUCAUUGAAAAGUAAAAAUAUUGGAGGAGUAACAAACACCUGUUUUUCAUCAGCUCGAAUUAAUAUGCAUAAAAAUGAGGAAGUUAAUGAAAGAAUGAAUAAGGAUGACUACUAUGAAAAAUACCUGAAAUGUUUUAAUGAAUCAUACAUGAGUGAGAAUGUAGCACAUUCCGUAAGGUGUGAAAAGGAAAAAGAAAUAGUUAAGGAACGACGAAGAAGUACAGAUAAUAGUGUAUCACUGGAUAUUUCGAAAAACUGUUUUUUAAAUAAUUAUUUCAAUAAUUUAAAUGAAGGUAACAACUCCUUUUAUGAUAUUCAAAAUAAUGAAAGAAAAUCGUUUAACUUGAAUAUUUUGAGUAACAACAAUUUGAGUAAUCAAAAAAAAGAUAAUGAUAAUAACGAUUUACUUUUUUUAAAUGAAAAGUCCGAACAACAUAAUAUUGAGAUGGAAAAUAACUUUUAUUGUAAUAAUACAUAUGAGCAUAUUGGUGAAGGUAAUAACAACAACAGCAUGUUAAAAGUGCUAAAGGAUAAGGAGAAUAAUUUUUUCAGUGACCAUCAUAUAAAAAGCAAUGAUACUAAUAUAAGUUCAAAUAUAAAUGAAAUUUUUGAAAAUAAUAAUUCAAGUAAUUCAAAUAAAAAGGUAAGUGAUUCAUUAAAAAAUAAAAACAUUUAUAGCUCACAUGGAAAUAUAAGAAACUGGAAUGAUAGUGCCAAUGUGAAUAUUUCAGAUAGCCAAAAUGUGCAUAAUAUAGUGAAUAAUGAGGCGGAGAAGCAUAAGGGGGGAGAUCUAUAUUGCAGUGAGAAGGUUAGUAGUAACAAUAAUGGUGCCAAUAAUAUCGGUAAUAAGGAUGUUAGUAGAAGCCUGGGCAAUUUUAACGUUACCAGUGUACAAAACGUUUUUGAUGAAGACGGGGUUGGGAUGAGGAAAAGAUCCACGAAGAACCUAAUUCACUUAAACAAUGACGAUGAUGUUUUCCAUAAUAAUAGGAGCUUCAAUAAAGAUAUAAAAAGAGGAUGCAGUAUGAAUGAAAAUGCGUUGGGUUCACAUUCACAGGAGGAAGGAAAAAGUACACAUAAACGUAUUUACGAUAGUAAUAAAAAUAAUUUCUUCUUUGAUGAUGAAAAAAGGCAUUUAAAAGAUAAGGAUGUAUUUUUAAAGAAUGCAUCAAACAAAUAUUUUUUGAAUUUCAAAAAGUUUAAAUAUGUGAAGUUAAAAUCAGUUUCUAUGAUCGGAUUAUUUAUAAUCAUUUUUAUUGAUGAGGGAAUGGUUGAUCAUAUAAGAGAAAUUGAAGUGUGUAAAGUAAAGGUAGGUUUAAAAGGUAAUACUGGUAAUAAAGGAAGUGUGUCUAUAAAGUUUAGACUAGGUUUUAACUCUUUCUGUUUUAACAACAUACAUUUGGCAUCAGGUCAAACAAACAUCUUUGAAAGGAACAGUCAGAUGCAAAGUAUUUUGAAUAAUAGUUUCCAAAACCAAGAAUUAAAUAAUUUAUUUAAUUUUGACUACUUUUUUGCUUGUGGGGAUUUUAAUUUUAGAAUUAAUAAAACUCAUGAAGAAGUAUUUAAAUCCAUUGCAAAUAAGAAUGCUCAUCAGUUAUUAAAUUAUGACCAAUUUAUCUAUAAUAAAUUGUAUAAUAUUUUACCCUUUUGUCUUUUUUACGAGCAUCCUAUUAUGUUUAACCCGACAUAUAAAUACAAAAAAAAUUCGAACUUGUACGACGUAAGAAGGACCCCCGCAUGGUGUGACAGAGUACUGGUGAGCGGAAAAUUAAUACAUUUGUCGGAAUUAGAGAAAAAAAGAAAAGAGUUUAUUGCACAAGAAAUUAAAGAACAGGCGGAUGAUGUAAAAAAUGCGGAUAGGAAUAGUAGUAGUAAUAAUAAUAAUAGUAAUAGUAAUAGUAAUAGUAGUAAUAAUAAUAAUAAUAAUAAUAAUAAUAAUAAUAGUAAUAGUAAUAAGAAUAGCAGAAAGUAUGAACGUAUCAGAAAAAACAUUGACAAUGAGGAAAUGCAUGAUUUUUAUCAUAAUGAAAAAAUAUAUUUUAAAUAUUUAAAUUAUAAAACUCACAACAAUUUUUUUUCAAGUGAUCAUAAGCCGGUUAGUGCAAUUAUUGAAUUAAAAGUAUUUUUUGAUAAAAAAGACAUUGAGUAUAAAUUAAUUAAUUCAUAUAGUAUGAGAACAAAUGAUGAAUUUAAUAAUAUUGCAAAAAAUUCAAGUAAUACGAGUAAUAGUAGUAAUAAUAAAAACAACAAUUUGCUUGAUUAUUUCCUUCCGAAUAAUUAUGGGAUAAGCAAAUACACUGCUUAUCCAAUCUCACAAAUUUUAAAUUAUUCAAACAAUUAUAACGGGAAACUUAAAAAUAACAUGAAUGAAUAUUCAUUUUAUGAAGAUUCAAUAAAAAACAUAGAUAAGAUAGAUGAUUAUUCGUAUUCAAAAUGA